CCACGAUAUAAAAGCUCUGAGCUCAGGUUGAUACUGAACAAAACUCACAUCCUGCUGCAGCCGAACCGAACCGAAGAUGUGGACCCUGACCAGGCUGAUGCUGGUGUUGUGGGUGUGGCAGGUUCAGUCACACAAAGUCGCAGCAGAGACCUUAGACAUUCUGUCCGAGUUAGGAAAAAUAAAAACCCUGGAGGAGAAAGUGAAAACCCUGGAGGAGAGCACGCAGAGCCACAAUACUGACCUGAACUCCAAACUGGAGGAACUGAAACAGCAAAAUGAAGAGCUGAAGGAGAAGCUUGAAAACCUGCAGAAAGAAAACGAAGCGCGACGGGUGGCGUUUUCUGCAUCUCUGUUCACCUCAGAAUCAGGACACGUGGGACCCUUCAGGACUGUAGAGUCUCCCAUCAUCUACAAAAAGGUUCACACCAAUUUUGGAAACGGCUACAAUCCAGAGACAGGGAUCUUCACCGUCCCGGUGAGGGGCGUGUACUUCCUGAGGAUGUACGCCCACUCUCACGCCGGGGUCCGCAUGGCCGUCAGGCUGAUGAAGAACGGAGAGGUUCAGUGCUCCGUCUACUCUCACAUGCCCAGUUCCACCAACGGCAACGCCAGCAACGGCAUCGUCCUGAGUCUGGAGAAAGGGGACGAGAUCUACACCAAACUGUGGGACAACUCCUGGGUUUACGACGACCCGGCUGGGUACACCAGUUUCGGAGGGUUCUUACUCUUCCCCCUGUGAAUCAUCUAAUUAUGUGAUCGCGGUGACAAAGAGCAAAGAGAAAGUUUGUGAACCCUUUGGACUUUAUGGUUAAAAGUAUGUGGACACCUGACUUAACCUGAUAAGCUUAUAGAGGGACAGUGGGAGUCUAGUGGAGCUUUGGACUAUUAAUUGGUUCGAAUCCAAGCUCUGCUAUGCAGCCACUGUUGGGCCCUUGAGCAAGGCCCUUAAUUUGCACCAUAUAAUGGCUGACCCUGCACUCUGACCCCAACUUCCAAACAGUCUGGGAUAUGCGAAAAGGAGCAUUUGUGAGGUCAGGCAGCAGGAAACCUGGGGUCACAAUUAGCAUUCCAAUUCAUCCCAAAGGUGCUGCUUACAUUCAAACGUUUGCAUCAAUGUUGGCAAUACUUCAACUCAGUAAUUACAAGUGGUGUCUAUAUACUAUAUAUAUAUAUAUAUAUAUAUAUAUAUAUAUAUACAGUAUAUAUAUAGUGGGGAAAAUAAGUAUUUGAUCCCCUGCUGAUUUUGUAAGUUUACCCCCUUACAAAGACUUGAACAGUCUAUAAUUUUUAUGGAAGGUUUAUUUUAACAGAGAGAGACAGAAUAUCAACAAAAAAUCCAGAAAAAAACAUUAAAUAAAAGUUAGAAAUUAAUUUGUAUUUAAUUAAGGGAAAUAAGUAUUUGAUCCCCUACCAACCAGCAAGAAUUCUGACCCCCACACACCGGUUAUGUGCCGAUGAGGCUCACAAAUUAGUCCUGUCCCUGUAUAAAAGACUCCUGUCACAGAAUCAGUUUCUUCCUUUCAAAUCUCUCGACCACCAUGUGCAAGACCAAAGAGCUAUCAAAGGACGUCAGGGACAAGAUUGUAGACCUGCACAAGGCUGGAAUGGGCUACAAGACCAUCAGCAAUUCUGGACUGACCUCACCUUUCUCAGAAUCAUUCUUACCCCACCAGGUGAGAUCUUGCAUGGAGCUCCAGAGUGAGGGUGAUUGACUGUGAUCUUGUAUUUCUUCCAUUUUCGAAUUAUCACACCAACAGUGGUCUCUUUCUCACCAAGCUUCUUGCUGAUGGUCUUGUAGCCCAUUCCAGCCUUGUGCAGGUCUACAAUCUUGUCCCUGACAUCCUUUGAUAGCUCUUUGGUCUUGCACAUGGUGGUGGAGAGAUUUGAAUGGAAGAGGGGUGGUGGGGUCAGAAUUCUUGCUGGUUGGUAGGGGAUCAAAUACUUAUUUCCCUUAAUUAAAUACAAAUUAAUUUAUAACCUUUAUUUAAUGUUUAUUUUCUGGAUUUUUUGUUGAUAUUCUGUCUCUCUCUGUUAAAAUAACCCUUCCAUAAAAAUGAUAGACUGUUCAAGUCUUUGUAAGGGGGUAAACUUACAAAAUCAGCAGGGGAUCAAAUACUUAUUUUCCCCACUAUAUAUUUAUCAUGUGUUGUUUUGCCUGAGACGCUGCCAGUUCCCUGUAAAACACCAGCGUAGAGUUUCAUGUUUCAUGUUCUACAUUCCGUCAGCGACUGCUGGGCAGCUCCGUUCCAAAGGGUUCAUAAACUUUUUCCUGCAGGUAAACGUGAGCACGGAUUCUAGAUGUGUUAAUCACCGCUGUGUUAAACCACGUGUUAAUAAAGUUCAGACAUUAAAGUC